UUGGUUUCUCCUGAUGCUCAGGAACAGGAUACAUACAGAUCCAGGAGAUUUGACAUCAUCUUGGGACCACAGUGGGAGAGCUGCCCAAGAAGGGAGCCAAUGAAAGAUCACAGAGGCAAGCUAGAUAUAAAGGAGCCUCUACCCUGGACCAUUUGGUUGUAUGAUCUAAUAAAUUCCCUUUUAGGUUCAACCAGUUUGGGUUAGGUUUUUGGUCUCUGGCAACAGAAAGGAUCCUAACUUAGACUCCAGUGAACCUGAACCUGCUAAGUUUUGACAGUCUCAGCUCUAAUUACCAUUUUUCCACCAGUAUUUUGAGUUCCUUUUAAGACAGACCAGUCUAGUAACAAUGGUGAUGGAAUUUAGUCAACCUGAAAAACAUAUUCCCAAUAUUUAUACAUUUUGGCAUUAAACUCAAUGGGUACAUUAUACCUUUUUUUACACACAUCUUUUAAGAGGAAAUUCAAUCUUCUGAUUUUAAGAAAUGCAAAUGUGGGGCAAUGAUGUAUCACCCAAAGAUUUUCUUUGUAAUAGAAAAUGUUUUUAAAGGGGGAAAAUAGGGAUUUUUAUUAUUAUUAAAAGAUAAAAGUAAAAUUAUUUUUAAGAAACAAGGCAUUGGAAACAUUUAGUUUCAUGAUAUGCCAUUGUUAGGCAUUCCCUAUCUGAUUGUUAGAAAUUAUUCAUUUCCUCAAAGAUAGAGAAUAAAUUGGUUGAGGAUGCAAUCUUGUACUAUGCACUUUCUUUGCCCAAAGCAAACACUGAGCAUUUGAGAGCCAUGAGAAUGCUUCUGCAUUUGAGUUUGCUAGCUCUUGGGGCUGCCUAUGUUUCUGCCAUUGCUGUACAAAGUCCCAUGAAUAGGCUGGUGGCAGAGACCUUGGCACUGCUCUCCACUCAUCGAACUCUACUGAUAGGCGACGGGAACCUGAUGAUUCCUACUCCUGAACACAACAAUCACCAACUGUGCAUUGAAGAAGUCUUCCAGGGUAUAGACACAUUAAAGAAUCACACUGUACCGGGGGAUGCUGUGGAAAAGCUUUUCCGAAACUUGUCUUUAAUAAAAGAACACAUAGACCGCCAAAAAAAAAAGUGUGGAGGAGAAAGAUGGAGAGUAAAAAAGUUCCUAGACUACCUGCAAGUGUUUCUUGGUGUAAUAAACACUGAGUGGACAAUGGAAAGUUGAGAUGAAACUGGCUUAUUGCAGUGAAAGAUUCUGGAGGAGAAGAAGAAUGUUAUUUUUUGCAAUGAGAAUGAGGCCCAACCAAGGGUCAGUGUAAUUAAACUUCAGAUGCAAAGCAAUUUUUCAGGCAUACUGCUACUUUGCUGCCUCACAUAGGCAGAAAGGAUAAAAAUAAAAUAUUUGAGAUAUAUUUCA